CUCAUAAGAUGAUAUGACAAUUAUUAUUAAUUAAUUUAAUUGAAAACACGACAUCCAAAUAUAUUUGGAUAAAUGUCAAUUUAUUAAUUCGGUAUUAAAAGUUAAAUUCGUGGCAUUUUAAAAUAAAUAAGAAUAUCUCAAACCAGGCCAGUGGCAAAGAAACAGUUUUAUGUCAAAAAUGUGUGUGUCAAUGUGUAUGACGUGGAGAUAGCUUCUAAUUUACAACAAUUUAACUAUUUUAUUUUAUUUAAAUCAAUUUUUUAAAAUGUUCGAAAUCACAGACGUCCAAAAAAUUGGCGUCGGCUUAGCUGGAUUUGGGAUAGCUUUUCUAUUCUUAGGUGUAUUGCUAUUGUUUGAUAAAGGCCUUUUAGCUAUUGGAAAUAUUCUAUUCAUAUGUGGUUUAGCGUGUGUAAUUGGUUUAGAACGAACAUUUCGUUUCUUUUUCCAAAAACAUAAAGCAAAAGCGUCUCUGGCAUUUUUUAGCGGUAUUUGUGUAGUACUUAUUGGUUGGCCCUUAAUUGGUAUCCUUAUUGAGACAUAUGGUUUUGUAUUAUUAUUUAGUGGUUUCUUCCCAGUUGCAAUAAAUUUCUUACGGAGGGUACCCAUUCUUGGUACAUUCCUGAAUAUGCCUGGAAUUAGUAGUAUAUUAGAUAGACUGGCGGGUGAUUCAAAUCGAACAACUGUAUGAUAAUAGAUAAAUGAAUGUAUGGAACAAUCAGUGGCCAUGCAUGCGUGCACGCACCAUAAAUAAAUAAAUUUAAAGAAUAUGGAAUGAAUGUUUGUUUAAAAGACCAUUUAUAUAAUUAAUUAUAAAUAAAAGUUAUUAUUACAAGAAGAACAUUAAUAAAAAUAAAAUAAAAUACUGUGUAUUUUAUGUGUAUAAUGUAUAAAUGUGUGAAUAUCAUGAUUAAUUAUUAA